GUAGGGGAUGGAUAUACCAUCUGUCAAGAGGGUAUGGAUAGGUAUUACUGUAGUUAUCUGUUCCUCCCCGUGGCCAAACUCCAGGCUGCGAAUAAUCCACUAUCUGGCCGUCACCAUUGUCGCCGCCGCCGUGGGCGACCUCGCGAGUCGCGAGGCUUCUCCUGCCUCUGCCGAGGGUGAAGCCGUGAGGCCACUUCUUAGGAGACCUGUGAAGCUGAAGCUGGCGCCCGAUCCCCAAUUGCCGCCGAUGGUGCGCAGUUCAAGGGUCCGCAAGCGCAAGGCUUUGAAGAUGUCCCUGAGCAGCAGCAGUACUUUGAUGAAGGCAAGUGGUUCUUGAUCAUAUUCCGGUCCUAAUAACUUUUUAAAUACACAGAUUUACUUUAUAUACAUGCAUGUGUCUAUAAUAUGAUGGAUCCCAAACUAAGGAUGUGCCGAGUUUCUUUUGAACUUCAUUGAUUAAACCUGGAUUGUUAUAUUUAUAUUGUAGCUACGCUAGUUGUUUUUAUUUAAAAUUGAGUUGGAUAACUUGAGAACUAUGCUACACUUGUUUUACUUCAUGUUCUGGAAUACUUUAUUGGUAAUAACUUCAAGAUCAUUGCGGUAAUUGGAACAUGGAUAACCACCCAGAAAAAUAGUGCAACCACAGUACUACAUGGCUCUGGUCUUGACUAAUUAAUUAGAAACUUUAGCUUAUAAUAAUCUUACCAAAAGGGCAAGAGGGGUUGCAUUGUCG